AGCUUUCGAAACUGAAUAAAAGGUCAGGAGCCUGGACGAGGUGCACGGAGCGGUUAACGAGGGAAAAAAAAUCUAAAAGUAUUAAAGGAGAUUUGAGUUUCACAACUUAAUUCCCGCCUCUUUGCUUGGUUCGUUGCUGUUUGAUCAAAUCAGUCAAUUAGAUUUUGGUGAUGAUCAUGAGGAUUGUUUAACCAAAUUUUGAAGAGAAUGGUUCUUGUUUUAGCAAUAGGAGAUCUUCAUAUACCUCACAGGGCGGCUGAUUUGCCUCCAAAGUUCAAGUCCAUGCUUGUUCCUGGGAAGAUUCAACAUAUCAUUUGUACUGGAAAUCCCUGCAUCAAAGAAGUGCAUGAUUAUUUGAAGAGCCUUUGUCCUGAUUUGCAUAUUACCCGUGGUGAAUAUGAUGAAGAUUCAUGCUAUCCAGAGACUAAAACGCUCACCAUUGGCCAAUUUAAGCUUGGAAUAUGCCAUGGUCAUCAGGUCAUCCCAUGGGGUGAUUUGGAUUCACUAGCGAUGUUGCAGAGGCAACUGGAUGUGGACAUCCUAGUAACUGGUCACACCCAUCAGUUCAAAGCUUACAAGCACGAGGGUGGUGUUGUUAUAAAUCCCGGCUCUGCCACUGGUGCCUAUAGUAGUUUCACUUAUGAUGUAAACCCUAGCUUUGUGCUCAUGGACGUUGAUGGCUUGCGAGUUGUGGUCUAUGUUUAUGAACUAAUCGAUGGCGAAGUAAAGGUUGACAAAAUAGAUUUUAAGAAGACAGCCACUACUCGCUCAUGACAUCAAACAUAUGUUCAACUUAUAGUAAUCACUGUAUAACUUGUGGUUCCUUAAAAUUUGUUUAGUUGAGGGGGCCUCUUGUGAAGAUAGAGGUAGAAGCCUUGUCAUGGCUUUGCUAGAGCUUAAAUAUAUGUAUUUUGUUGAUAUGUUUCUGAGAGGCAAAUCUUCUCUUAUGUGAGAUUGGAUUUGGCAUUCAGAGGAUAUAAAGAAAGACUAGGCAAUUCUUCUGUUAUAUGA